GUUAAGUCUCACCCGCACUAUCCAUGAAAAUAGAAACACGUGCAUCGUUGUGAAUACAUAACCUAAAACUUAAACCAAAUUAAUAGCAAAGCAAUGGGCUCAUCAUAAUUUUUAAAUAAAAAAAAAUUGUUUAAAUCAUCGCCGACAAUAUUAAAAAACUAUAAUAAUAAUGGGAUUAACAAAACAGUACUUGCGUUUUGCUCCUUCUGGAAAUUUAAACAUAAUUUCAAGUUCAAAAUGUAACGUCGUGUUUGUUACAUUAGAAGGCAAGGAUGGUAGAUUUGUUGCUGCUGGUGCAUGUGAAAAUGUUGUUAUUUGGGAUUUUAAUAUUCGAGAAAAGGCUCAAGUGUUAAGUGGAGAUAAGGCUGAGGUUACUCAAUUAGCAGCAUCACCGAAUAAGCGUCAUAUUGCUGUUGGUUAUGCCGACGGUACAAUUAAAACUUUUGAUUUACGUUCAGGAGAGAACAUCAGUAUUUUUGUGGGACAUAAAUCAGAAAUUACCACGCUGGCUUAUGACUCUUUAGGCCAUCGCUUAGCUUCUGGUUCUAAGGACACAGAUAUUAUUGUUUGGGAUGUUGUAGCAGAAACUGGAAUCUGUCGCUUAGCAGGACACAAAGGAGUAGUUACUAAAGUAUCAUUCAUGAAAGAAAAUAAUAUUCUGAUAAGUGCAUCCAAAGAUACUUUAGUUAAAUUCUGGGAUCUUGAUACGGAGUACAAUUUCCAUACGCUCGUAGGACACAGGUCUGAAGUCUGGGGAUUUUGUCUGGUUAAAAAUGAUAAAUACUUAGUUACAGGAUGUAAUGACAUUGAAUUACGUGUUUGGAAAAUAUUUAACGUUGAAAAUAAUGAAGAUGAUAAUCCACUAAACAUAAACUCGUUAAAUAUUAACGAAGAGGAAGCAAUUGAUGUUAAUUAUCCACUGAGAUGUGAAAAAAUUGGCAGUAUCUUACGCGCUGGUCGCGGUCGCGUCAUUUCACUAACUACUGAUGCUACUAACGACAUUAUUGCCUGUCAUGGAAAUGGAAAUAGCGUAGAAUUAUUUUAUAUGAUUCCUGAAGAUCAAGUUACUAAAAAAACAACCAAGCGACUUAAUAAAGAGAAGAAAAAAGCGCUCAAUGCUGGCAAAGAUGAAGCGAGUAUUUUUUUGGAAGCUUCUUCAACUCUUCAUGAUGAAGUCAGACGACUUGUGACGAUAAAUGCUACUAGCAAAGUUAAAUCAGUUGACUUAGUUUUGGGUGGCGGUGGUGAAGUUCGUGUGUGUGUUGGGCUCAAUACAAAUUCUUUAGAACUUUACUCAUUAUCUGCCAAUGAUGAAAGGAAACUUAAAAAUAAAAAAGAUGAAGAAAAUAAUGUUAUGUUAAAAUACUCGAUCUCGCUACAAGGACAUCGUACUGAUGUUCGGGCUGUUUGUUUCAGUUCAGACAAUUCGGCUUUUGCAACUGCUAGUGGAGAAUCUAUUAAAUUAUGGGAGAGAUCAACCUUGACUUGUGUAAAAACUGUUGGUUGUGGAUAUGUCUUAACGCUUACGUUUGUACCUGGUGACAGACAUAUUAUUGCUGGAAUGAAGGAUGGUAAGAUUUUGAUCAUUGAUAUAUCGAAUGGUGAUAUUCUUGAAGAAAUUCCGGCACAUCAACAAGACUUAUGGAGUGUCGCUUUAUUUCCCAAUUUGAAAGGGAUUGCCAGCGGCGGGCUUGAUAAAACUGUUAAGUUUUGGAAUUUUGAACUCAUAGAUGAUACAACAAAAGAAACAAAAUGCAAAGUAUUGUCAUUGAUCCACUCAAAUACAUUAAAUUUAGAAGAAGGUGUACUGUGUGUAAAAAUCACGCCCAAUAACAAGUACAUAGCAGUUUCACUUUUAGAUUCUACAGUUAAAAUUUUUUAUUUCGACACUCUCAAGUUUUUUAUAUCUUUGUAUGGUCAUAAAUUACCGGUUCUUUGUAUGGACAUUUCUAGUGAUUCAACGCUUAUUGCCACUGGAUCUGCUGAUAGAAAUAUUAAAAUUUGGGGAAUGGACUUUGGUGACUGUCAUAAAUCGUUGUUUGCUCACGAUGAUUCUGUAAUGGGUCUUUGUUUUGUCCCAAAAACACAUUAUUUGUUUACUUGCAGUAAGGAUGGAAAAGUCAAAGAGUGGGACGCGGAUAAUUUCCAAAAAAUUAUAACUCUUCAAGGGCAUUUCGGCGAAGCUUGGUGUUGUGCUGUAUCGCCGAAUGGUGUAUUCGUAGUAUCCUGUGGUGCUGAUAAAGUCAUAAGGCUAUAUGAAAAAACAUCAGAGCCUUUAGUUUUAGAGGAUGAAGCUGAAGAAGAACGUGAAAGACAAGAAAAUGAGCUAGCUACAGGCGAAAUUACAGCAGUACCAGGACAGAAACAACAAUUAUUGCCUUCACGCAAGACGGUUAACAGUGAAAAAGCGGCGGAAUUGAUUCUUGAAUGUUUGGAUGUAAUCAAAGAAUAUAAUAAAGAACUAGAAAAUGUAAAGCCUCCAAAUGCAGCACCACCUUUACCGCCAAUAAUGCAAGCGUACAAAUGUAAAACUACUGAUGAAUAUUUAUUGGAAACAUUUAAGCGAAUUAGAGCAAGUGACAUGGAAGAAACUCUUUUACUUCUACCUUAUGCUGAUGCAUGCGAAAUUCUUGAAUAUCUUCCGAGGCUAUUGAAGAGUGAUUAUCAGACAGAAUUAUUGGUUCGAUUGGCACUGACUCUCAUUCAAGCGCAUCAUGAACCAAUAGUAGCGACUUCAACUAUGUUACCGAUUUUGGAAGAAGUCAGAGAUUUAGCUAUGAGUAAAAUAACUAAACUAAGGGAUACUGUUGGUUACAACCUUCAUGGGAUGGCAUUUCUACAACGUAAGUUGGAAGAAAAUGAGGGAGUUAAGUUAUUCCACGACGCAACGAAAAAGAGGAAAAAUAAACUUAAAAAUAAAAAAAGUAAAGAACAAGCAUUGAAACGUGCCAUAUUGGCAUUAUGAUCUAAGUGUUUAUGAUUCGACGUUUUAAUAAAUUGUGUAAAAAA